CCGUCGCCACCCUGCCCGGCGGAUCCGAUCCCAAGAUGGCGGCGCCCAGCAAAAGGAGGAGCGGCGAAGGUGCGAGCUUGUGGGCUGCGUUGCUCCUGGCGGCUGUGGCGUUGAGGCCGGGGGAGGCCGUGUCCGAGCCCACGACGGUGGCGUUUGACGUGAGACCCGGCGGCGUCGUGCACUCUUUCUCCCAGAACGUGGGCCCGGGGGACAGAUAUACAUGUACGUUCACCUACGCUUCUCAAGGAGGGACCAACGAGAAGUGGCAGAUGAGCCUGGGGACCAGCGAGGACAGCCAGCACUUCACCUGCACCAUCUGGAGGCCCCAGGGCAAGUCCUACCUGUACUUCACGCAGUUCAAGGCGGAGGUGCGGGGCGCCGAGAUCGAGUACGGCAUGGCCUACUCCAAAGCCGCGUUUGAAAGAGAAAGUGACGUCCCCCUGAAAAACGAGGAAUUUGAAGUGACCAAAACAGCAGUCUCCCACCGGCCGGGGGCGUUCAAGGCCGAGCUGUCCAAGCUGGUGAUCGUGGCCAAGGCGUCCCGCAGCGAGCUGUGACCGCGAGCCCCACCGAGGGUGGCUCCUCCCCAUCCCCGCGGAGGACUGCGCCCUGGGAGAGCUGGCACCUUCCCCGUCUCCCAGGGGGGCGGACGGUUGAUGUCCUCUGAACAUGGGGCGUGGGUCUGAGCCCCACUGCCCAUCUGUCUUGCUGAAAGAGGCGCUGGGGCACGCGACAGGGACCCCAGGGGACUCCUGGCCGUUCCGGGGCCAGCGCGCGUCUCCGUGGACCAGGCCAGGUCGCUCCCCGGGAGAGGCUCCUGCUGCCCUGCUGCCUGCCCAGACGCCUUCUUACAGUUUCCCAGGGACCUUCUACCAGACUCCGGGGAGGAAAUGGAAUGUUCUUUCAUAUUUAAAUAAAUAAGGCGAUUGGAGAGCAAGCGCACAGA